CAUGUCUGGAAGGUGCCUUCUCAAGGUGCGACGGUCUGAACUCACCGAGCAAGGUACGUCCUUGCGCAGAGGUCUGCCCUUGAUCCCCGGUUCCCCGGACUGGUGUAGAUUUGACAACGUGACGAGCAAGGCACCGGUCGCCUAUUCGAACCUAGAUACUGGUAUGACACGGCAAAAGUGUCUGAGAGAAAACGAAAGCGCGCGUUUGACGUGGGUUGCCGGUUGUGACUCUCGAGAACGUCUCGAGAACGCCUGCUUCAAGGUUGCAUGGUCAGGCUUGGAGCUUUGUGAGCCCAAGGGUGCUGGAAUCCCCGCGCUGGUUUAUCAGAUAGACCACGGAGGUGAAAAUUUUGGAAGGGAGUGUGAGUAGUGUAGGUAAUG